AAUAUUUAUAAAAUUUUAACUGAAAAAGAUAAUAUCAUGUUCGACAAUAUCUUGCAGUCGUUCGUCGGAACUGCUGCAGUUCAGAUCGGAUUGGUAGAUCUUCUAACUUCCAUAGAUGUAGUACCGGACUACGUCAUCGGCUAUUCCGUUGGUGAACUUGCUUGUGCUUACGCAGAUGGAUGUUUUACAGCAGAGGAAAUGAUAUUAGCAGCAUAUUCGCGAGGAAUGGCUUUGAUAGAAACAGAAAUACCUCACGGUUCUAUGGCAACGGUAGAGCUUUCCUAUGAAAACAUUAAAAAUUGCUGUCAUGCUGAUAUCGAUAUCGCAUGUCACAAUGGAACUGAAAGUACAACUAUUAGCGGACCGACCAAUUCUGUGAAGGCAUUCGUUAAAAAAUUACAGCAGUUGGAUCGAAACUUUGUGUACAUUCACAAAAAAGUGAUACCAGUAGCGAAGCCACGAAGUAACAAAUGGCUCAGUACAUCUGUGCCACGAAAAGCGUGGUCGACAUCAGCCGCAAAACUCUCGUCAGCUGAGUAUCAUACCAAUAACAUGUUGAAACCAGUACUGUUUGAGGAAAUAUUAGCUCUGAUUCCCGACAAUGUUGUGACGACUGAAAUUGGAUUGCAAAAUUUACUACAAGAGACUUUAAGAAAAUCAUUGCAACCAACCGUAAGGAAUAUUGCAUUAAAUCAUCUAAGAGAUAAUGAUAACGUGAUCAUUUUUCUACAAGCAUUAGGGAAGCUUUAUAACAGCGGUAUACAGCUUGAUCUUGCUAAAUUAUAUCCACACGUAGAAUAUCCGGUCAGUCGAGGAGCUCCAAUGAUAUCCCGACUCAUUAGUUAAGAAUUACGAGUAUAU